AUGACAACAAAUGUAGAUGGGGAUUUAUUCAGUAAUUUUGUGAGAGAAGAUGAAAAUACAUCGGAAGAUAAAUCAAAUGCUAAUGAUAAUAAUAAAUCUGUAAAUAAUAAUAAUAAUGGAGUAAACAAUUCGGAACAAGAAGAAGAAGAAAAUUAUAUUACCAAAUUAAAAGAAAUGGUGAAGGAAUAUUCGCAGCUGGAUCAACAGGAACCAUCAAGUGAUGAUGAAUUGAUUAAAUUUACAAAAGAUAAAGAAGAAAGAUUACUUUUCAGAUUAGGAAGGUUAUUGGAAAAGAGAAAAAAACAAAGAAAGAGAAAAUAUGAACAAUAUGAACAAGAUCAAAUCGAGUAA